AUGGCUGAGCCAAUCCAACAGACCGUGACGGAUUCUGACAGGCGACAUUUUGACUUCAUUGACACCUUGCGGAAGAUAUCGGACGGCCUAUCGAAGAGGGAGACCGCCAUCCUGAAACUCUACUGCACCCAUAUCAUCCCCAGGGGUAAACUGGAAAAGAUGAAGCGCCCCAUCGAUGUCUUUGACCACCUUCGAAAACUUGACAAACUAAAUCCGGAGAACUUAGACUUCCUUGAUGAGCUGUUGCGUCGGAUUCCCCGACCAGACCUGGUAAGAGAAGUCCUGCGACCGUUCCAGCCGGUUGACAGAGUGCUUCCGGAGAGUCAGGAACUUUUGCCUGGGACCAGCACGGAGGAAGGGUCCGUCGUACAGCUCACCAUUCAUGGUCACACCCGUAUGGUAGAAGAAACAAAGGAUAGAUACAAAAACAACCUUGCACGUAUUGGCCAAACAAAAAAGUCAAAUAUCAAGUUCGUGGGCUACAAGAAACACGGCAGCAUUUUGGUACAAUUUGUUGUGCCACAAGAGACGACAGAUUUGCUCCGGAUAACAGCGCGAAAUUCGGACCCACGGCUUGUGUUUAUGGGCGUGACGUCACUACAGAUAGGCAGAGAAGCCGCGGUAGAGGUGUCUGAAGAAGCAAUGUUUCAUGACAUUCAGAGUGAGUUUGCGCUGACAGACCGCAUGCCACAAGACGACAUACAAGUUGGCUGCAGGGUUAGACCACCGCGAAAGGCCAUUCCAAAGUGCUGGUCCUCCCUAUCAGCUCUGAACCUGUUCUCGGAUGCUUUACCCCUCCAUCUGCAGAUAGCCGAGAGUCUGGAGUACCAGGGCUUCUCCUAUUGCCUGGUCCAAGCUCUGGUGCAGAAAGAUCAGGUGAGAGAAAGCCAGAUGAGGCAAGUCGUCAAGACACUGGAAGUGGAUGAGCACACAAUGAUGACAAUGCGGUCAAAGCUCGCCAUUGCCGACAACAGGGCUAAGACUCUGGAAGAGGAAAACGAAAGUCUUAAAAGACUGCUGGAACAAGCACAAGAAGAGAAGAUGAAAGCCGAAGAGGCUGCCACAGCAGCAUUGAUGGAGUACACUGAAGAAAAGUACACAGGAGAAAAGCCAGCAGCAGAUUCUGAGAAGAAGAAGCAUGAGGCGUCCGCAAGGGACACCGACUCACCCGAAGAAAGUGAACCGAAGGCGGAAGCUGGUGUUCCUACUGGUGAGGAACCAAUCGCGUUUGGUGGUCAAGGGUCGGAGCCAGGAAAGUUUGCUGCGCCACGUGGAGUCAUAGUUUCGCCCGAUAAUCAGAUUUUCAUCGCUGACAUGAAGAAUAACCGAGUUCAAGCUCACGACAUCCGGGGUGCCCACCUCCUGCAGUUCCCGACAGUUGUGUCAAGCGGCGGUACCAUACGUCCGCAAGACAUAGCAAUGGACAACAGUGGACACCUAUGGGUAGUAGGGCGCGAUAAAAGUGCUGAUUUCCUUGUUCAGUAUACAAGAGAAGGCCAGGUACUGCAGGAAGUACCUCUGCGGGACAUCGGCUAUCGGUACCGCGGUGUUGCAGUUAACAGGCGGAACGACGAAGUUCUCGUGGCCGAGUCGGACACGCAACGCGCCGAGAUACUGGUGUUCCGACCAGACGGUUCGCUUGCACGGCGGUUUGGGCAUCAGGGAGUUUUGGGCAGGGCUGUCCGACGGCUGACCGCAGCUGCAGGGAUUCCCGUUGAAGCGAGAAUGGAGGACCCCGGGUUCAUCACCGUGAAUGAAGAACAGAACAUAAUCAUAUCCGACUGGGAUGCUGCGUCUAUCUUCGUGUACGACCAAACCGGACGUUUGCUGUUAAGAUUCGGAGGUCUGGGGAGCAGCGAAGGUCAGCUGAGGUGGCCUUGUGGCAUCUGCACGGACUCUUCUGGGAAUAUCAUCGUAGCCGAUUUCGGCAACGGGCGGCUGGAGCAGUUCACAAGCCGCGGGGAACACCUCCGCCACAUAGACAUCGCCACACGAUACGGUAGUCCGGACGGCGUUGCCAUGGGACCCAUGGGGCACCUUGUGGUCACGUACGUCGAGAAGAACACCGUGGCUGUUUUCACAGAAUACUGAUCAGAAGGAGUCAGGAUGUAAUCCUGAAAA